UCAUUUUUAAAGAGGAAGAGAUAGCUAAAAGUGUAUUAGAAAAUUGGAAAUGUGAUAAUGCCUUAGAAUUAAAAUGGGAAACAGCUAACUUUAAUACACAGAUUGUUGAUAUUAAAACUAAAACCUGUUAUAGAAAUGCCAAGCCACAGACUAUCUUGUGA